AUGAAUAGGCAGGAGAACCGUCGCAAAAAUGAUUUUCCUCCUGGCAUUCCACUCUCCAAACAAGCCGAGCCCGGAAUUGGUAGACUGCUCGACGAAUUGGGCAUCGAAGUCACCGAGGAGAGUCUGAACGCAUUGUCAAAGCUGGCUACACAACUGGUUGUUGGAAUUCUCGACGAAGGGCGCAGCUUGGCCGAGCAUUGCGAUCACAUGGGAGUUGGUGAUGAUGAAAUAGAAGCUGUCUGUGCUGAGAUCGGUGAGUCGUUUUAUUGCUUGUUUUUUUUCAAUUUAGGCUCUCUCUGGGUUAUCCUAAAAGGUCGCUGGUAAAACAUCGAUUGAAAAAACCUUGUUUUAUUGGUUUGGUCGAUAUUAUGGUAGGGUAGAGGACCACUUGACCUAUUGUUUAUUUGAGUGAUGUUUUUCGCAAUACCUGAUAUUAUAGAAACUUGAGCAAGAGUAGACGCAAUAAUAACAGACGUUUGCGCAUUUAUCGAUCUUUUAUUUUAGUUUCAUUAUGUUAUAUUAGACUUGACCGGAAAAUUUUGCUACUUAAAAAUAACAUUAUCUGGUUUUAGAUCGCCACUUUGAAUCCGAAGAGAGCCCCGAUAUCGAAUUGUUGACGAAGAAAGUCAACUCGGUUCCUCUUCCUGGUCCAGCGAAGCCUUACGGAUACGCCAUUCAUCCUCGAGAUUCCCUCAUGCACCCGGAAUUCGAUGUAGUCGAGAACGUGGAGCGCGAAGAGCCAGAGCCUCCGAAAAGCCGCAAAGUUCCUGCGCGCGGCCCCACUCAACCGGGCAAGCGACUUCUUUACAAUUCGGAGAAUAUGGAUCUUCCACCGGCCAAAGCCCCAAGAAAUGCGCCCAAAUCCAAGAAGGAGAACAAGCCGCAGAAGCCGGAGGACCCCCAAAAGGUGUCCUUCCAGAAUGCCACCACGAUCAAAGUAAACAUCUUGUAACUAACCUUUAUCAAUACGUCUAACCCUUCAUUUCUCCAAACAUUGUUUUAGUUGGUUGUCCAUAACACCUCAUCCUGCCCUAAUUCCCCAGAUAUUGUGGCUCAAAAGGUUUUCAAAUUUAGUCCUACGAAGCCUAAAGCCGAGUGA